AUAUUAAUCAGACAACUUAGCCAGUGAGUUUUCAGAUGUAUCUCUAUCUAUCUAUAUAUAUAUAUUUUCAAUUCUGAGCAUCAACUGAGGGUCUUUCGUGGACUGACCAAAUUCCAAGCUUGCAGAUUCUACCAAGCUAGCUAUAGUAUAGGUUGGUGCUCUUCCAUCUGUUGCAGUAUUAGCGUUUCGUUUGCUUCCAAUAUCGAUUCAUUGUCGUUUUGAGCAGAAGCUUAAUUGGACUCAAAGAACUCUUGUUUUAUCAUUUGGCCGUUGCAAGAGAUAAAUGAAAAUGGACAUAUACGAGCCAUUUCAGCAAGUUAGCAUGUGGGGGGACAGCUUUAAAGUUAAUGGUGGCCUGAAUUCAAUUGCUUCCCCAAUUUUAAUGGUUGACACUAGUAUGGAGAAUAAGUCUGAGUAUAUUCCUCAAGAAUCAAGAGAGCCUUCUGGAGCCGAUCAAGAGACUACUAAUAAAGAUGUUAAUAAGAUGUUAAGACGCCUAGCUCAGAAUCGAGAGGCCGCUAGGAAAAGUAGGCUGCGAAAAAAGGUUUAUGUUAAGCAAUUAGAAUCAAGCCGCUUGAAACUAUUGCAAUUGGAACUGGAAAUUGAGAAAGCAAGAAAGCAGGGUCUGUACAUGGGCACUACGUUAGAUGCCGGCUAUAUAGGGUCAUCAUCAGAAACAAUAAACCCAGCAAUUGUUGCUUUUGAAUUUGAAUAUGGACAAUGGGUUGAAGAGCAACAAAGGCGGAAUGAAGAACUUAGACAUGCAUUUCAAACGCAAGCACCUGAUGCACAGCUUCAUGCACUGGUUCAGAGUGUCUUAAACCAUUACUCAAGUCUUUUCCGAAUGAAAGCAGAUGCUGCAAAGGCUGAUGUUCUCUACUUAAUCUCUGGUGUGUGGAAAGCAUCAGUGGAGCGCAUUUUCCUUUGGAUUGGAGGGUCCCGUCCAUCACAGCUUCUAAAUAUCAUCGUCCCACAACUUGAGUUUUUGACUGAGGAACAAAUUAAUAGAAUUAACAACAUCCGCCUAUCAUCUCAGCAAGCUGAAGAUGCUCUUUCACAAGGACUGGAAAAACUUCAGCAGAGUUUGGUCAAUGACAUGGCAGUUGAUCCAUUGGGUGCAGGAAACUUGGGACUUCAGAUGGCUCUUGCUAUGGAGAAAUUUGAGGCACUAGAGGGUUUUGUAAACCAGGCAGAUCAUCUUAGGCAACAAACUCUGCUGCACAUGUCACGUGUCCUGUCAGCACAGCAAGCUGCUAGGGGCUUGCUGGCUCUUGGGGAAUACUUUCACCGUCUUCGCACUCUUUGUUCUCUUUGGGCUGCUCGUCCAUCUGAACUUCCAUAACUUAGCCUCCUCAGGACUCCACAAAUCACCUAAGAUUUGCUACUUCAGCUUCAACUGGAUCAUCUGUUAUGUGCUUUACACAACAGUUAAUCGAGUUUCGGAUAUGAAUAUAUGAGUAUGAAUGUGAGUUAAUGCCGUGUACUACUACUACCACCACCAUGAAGCAAAAUAUGUCAUUUGCAGCUCUUUGCGAGUGUGCUUGUACAUAAAUAGUGUAUCAUCUUUAGUACUAUUAUUAUGAAAAACUUUAGUAUCUUUCGACUAAAAUGUCUAUUAUUUUACUUUACUUUAUAGGUUUAUCAUUUUCUUUUC